CAAUGAAUCUGCUUGAAUUCCCCUCUGCCUGCUUCUGCUUGCUUCAAUUCCCAAGAAAAGAAACACCCACCCAAAACAGCAGAGGAGGCCGGCUGUUGACCCCGCCGCCACCAAUUCACCACCGUCGUCAGCGCCGCCGUCGCCGCCGGGGCUCCCUUCUCCUGCUCCCCGCUAUCCACUUCCCUGCCCUCAGAAACAAUUAAUCGAGAUGGGAUCAUCUGCCAAGAGUCAGGAAAUCGGGUCAAAAAGGAAGCGGAUGAACCAAGAUGAACGUGCAGCCAAGCACAUCGCAUGGCAUGCCUCUGGAUACCAAGGCCACCACCCGCAACAGAGGACUACGCGGAAUGGCGGUUCACACACCCCCUCGCUAGGGAGGGGAAAAGAUUUCCAUGUUUCAGGAGAUCGAUUCUUUCUGACGACCAACCCAUACCAACAAGACGUAGAAAGUAGGUACAUUCAGGACAAAAAGAACGGGGUAAUCACUUGUUUGGUCUGUGGCAAGGAAGGACAUUACAGUUGCAACUGCUGUUUCAAGGACCAAGAGCACAAAAUCGUUUGCACAGUCUGUAGCAAAAAUGGCCACUGUAGCAUGUGGUGUUGCCAGCAGAACAAGUCGGAGAUUCGCGCUUGCACCCGCUGUGGAGAGAUAGGGCAUAGUACCAAUACACAUGGUCUCGGUUGCUCCAGCUGCGACGAGUAUGGAGAGUGCCGAUUGAGCCAAGUUAAAUGCUUUCUUUGUGAAUCUCAGGAUCAUUAUCUUGCUCGGUGCCCCUGGAAUUCAAUAUUGACUGAGGCAUUUCAGGGUCAGAGAGAGAACUUCCAAGCUGCUCUGCGGCUUGCACUAUCGAAACAAGGCAACCCAUCAUCUACACCUGCCAAGUGUUCCGCAAGAUCAGAAGGAGAAGUACUGACCGCCAACAAGUCUAGUCCAAUUUGCUUUACAUGCCGUGAAGAAGGUCACUCUGCCUUUCAAUGUCCUCAGAACAGCCCCGUCCAGUUUGAAAUUUUUGAAGAGAACAGCACUAUAGCUACAUCCUCCAACCUGUCCAAAGAAUUAGAAGAACAGGACCCUGGUACUGGUACUGCUACUGCUAAACAAUCAUCAGAAAAGAAGCCUAAAUCGAAGGUCCGAUGUAUAAGGUGUGGUGAGGAAGGGCACAGGCGCAAGAGGUGUCCCUUGAGAUAUCAAUCAUUGACAAUGUACAAGUCUAGUCCUUUGGUUACAGCACACAACACACCAACAGGAGUGGUUACAUGCUUCAGGUGCAAGGAAGAAGGCCACUACGCCAGACGAUGCCCUCAGAAGCACCACAAGUGUUAAGACUGCCCUACCAAGAGCUAUAGGUCGGUAAAGCAAACAGUGGCACUCAUCAUGACUAUACAUGUCAUUGCAUUUUCAAUCACACCGAUCGAGAAGCAGCUUGGGAAGAAAUCUCGGCACUAAAGAAACAACCAAGGGAAAAAAAGUUACUCACUGAGCUGAGCCAGACCCAGACCUCCUCCCUUGACCAAAAAGUUACUGCGCAGUUACCAUCUUUUUCUUGUGAUACUAGUAUAGCGGUUGAAAGUUUUCAAGAGAAGGGCAUUUAUAUCAUGUGUUUUCGGAA